UCACUCACUCUCAGUCACAGCCAGUCUAUAUACCAGUUUGGAAAUAUUCUCUCUAAAUCCAAUUAAUGCUGCCAUUCACAUUUAACACCUCUGGCAGCAUCUAGCAUUCAUUCAUUGAGCUUGUGACUAAGUUUUUUUAAGCCUUUCACUCUUUUCAUAUAUUUUCUCUAGUUUUCAUCUUCUGAUCUAUCUAACUUCACCAGAUUGUGCACUUAAAAGUUCAUCACUUUAUCAUCAAGAACGAUGCAAGACUCAAUUGGGAUUCCUGCUUGCUUUUCUUCUUCAGCAGAGAAGCAGCAUAGCCAUGAUGAUCAUGGAGCUGUGACCCGUUCGGGUCAGAGCGUGUACAUGUCAGUGUAUAGAACAAAGGUUGCUGAUCACUGCCGUUUGAUCACCAUCACAUGGUGCAAAAACCUCUUGCUUCAUGGGCUUUCGGUGUCAGUGGAAGGUCCAGAAGGAGAAGAACAGUACACCUGCAAGGUCGAGCUGAAGCCAUGGUACUUUUGGAGAAAACAAGGUUCCAAGCGCUUCAUAGUAGAUGGCAAAGCCGUUGACAUUUUCUGGGACCUUAAAGCUGCAAAAUUUAACGGCGAGACAGAACCAACCUCGGAGUAUUAUGUGGCAGUGGUUUGUGAUGAAGAGGUUGUGCUGCUUCUCGGUGAUCUAAAGAAAGAGGCAUACAGAAGGACGGGGUGCAGACCAGCACUCAUUGACCCCAUUUUGGUUUCAAAGAAAGAACACAUUUUUGGGAAGAAGAAGUUCUCCACUAGAGCCAAGUUUCACGAGAAGGGUAGGUGGCAUGAGAUUUCAAUUGAGUGCAAGAACAAGGGGAAUUAUAAUGUGGAUUCUCUAGGUGGGGUUCAUCCAGAGAUGGAGAUAAGGAUUGAUGGGCACUUGGUGAUUCAUGUGAAGCACUUGCAAUGGAAGUUUAGAGGCAACGAGUCAAUUCAUCUCAGCAAAAUGAGAGUAGAGGUAUAUUGGGAUGUUCAUGAUUGGCUUUUUAGUCCUGGUUUAAAGCAUGCUUUGUUCAUUUUUAAGCCAAUUUUGUCAUCUAGUACUACUACUACCACCACUACUUCUAUGUCAUAUUCGUCACCUUCAUUAUCAUCCUCAUCACCUCCACUAUCUAAUGAUCAGACAAGGAAUUCUGGAUCAGUGGAGGGAUUUAGUGUUAGUGGGUCAUCAGAGUUUUGCUUGUUUCUCUAUGCUUGGAAAGUUGAAUGAAGGGACCAUGUAAUGUAACCUUAAUGGUAUAUCAUCAUCAUCAACACCGGCAAAAUAAGGUUGAAAAUGGACUAAGUGAUGGAAUGGUGAAGAUGCAGAUUGAGAUUGGGUUUGGAUUGAGAAAGCGAGUGGGACCAAACAGUGGCUUUGGGAGUUAGUUACAGCUGGGGUUGAGCAAAUGCGCAUAAGUGUGGACAAGACAGAUUGUAUCACAUUCACAAUCACACACAUGCCCAAUAAUGCCUCCAUCUAGAGGCAUCUACGUCUACAUCUACAUUUUACCCACAUUGGAAAAUGCUCUUUCUUGAUCCCAUCUUGGUCUUGUAGCUGUAUAUGUUUCUUCCAAAAUCUAUAUAUCAACCAAAGGUAAAUGUUACCUAAAUUUUGUAUCACAAUAUAUAUAUAUAUAUAUAGGCACAAGAUUACUAGACUGAAUGUUUAAUUUGCCCAUAAAAGUUAUUUUCAUGCAUGUGGCGGAAAAUGAUAUACCCCGGAAAGGAAGGAUGGGUGUUUGGAGAUGAUGUGGAAACAAGAGUGCAAUAAUCGAUGUAUGUGCACCUCACCCAUAUUAAUACACAUGAUUCUCUUUCUAGUA